AUGCAAGGCUUCAACAUGGGACGCUACGUCCCGCCCGAACACGAAGGCACGACGACAGGCAACGCCCUCGCCCGCAAACACCCCCUCGGCGCCCGCGCCUCCAAACCGGGAACCCUCGUCGUCCGCUUCGAGAUGCCCUUCGCCAUCUGGUGCUCCACCUGCCCGAAACCCACCAUCGUCGGCCAGGGCGUCCGGUUCAACGCCGAGAAGAAGCGCGUCGGGUCCUACUUUUCGACGGCGGUAUGGCAGUUCCGCAUGAAGCACGCCGACUGCGGCGGCUGGAUCGAGAUCCACACGGACCCCAAGAACACGGCCUACGUCGUCGUCUCGGGCGCCAAGAAGCGCGACACGGGCGAGGAGGGGAGGGCGCCGCGGGAAGGGGAGACGGCCAUCCUCACCGGAGAAGAACGCGAGAAGCUCCGCGGCAACGCCUUCGCUUCCCUGGAGAAAACCAUUGAAGACCGGCAACACCUCGCGCAGGCGACGGAGCGCAUCGACGAGUUACAGGACGCUGCCGACAGAGCUUGGGACGAUCCGUACACGCGCAACAAGGCGCUCCGCGCGACGUUCCGCGCGGGACGGCACCGGCGCGAGAGGGAGGCCGCGGUGGGCGAGGCGCUGAAGGACAAGAUGAGCUUGGGGAUCGAGCUCGUGCCUGCGACGGAGGAGGAUGCGCGGCGGGCGAGGUUGGUCGAGUUUGGGGGCGUCGGGGAGGGGGUUGACGAGGCGGGGCUGAAGGCUUUUGCGAAGCCGCUUUUUGCGUCGUCGUCUCCUUCGCCUGGGCCUUCUGCCUCGGUCAAGGACGGCAAGUCUACGACGACGACGGCUGGCAAAGCGGCGCUGCUGCCCAGGGGAACACCCAAAGCCCAAGUUCUCGCUUCCAGGAGGAGGGAGACCAUCGUCUCCGAAAUUGUCGGGAACACGCGCAUGGCGAGGGAUCCGUUCCUGGUCGAGACCAAGGGGGCGGCGGAGAGGCCGUCGGCGCCGAGGAUCCCGGGGCUGAAGAGGAAGCGUGGUGAGGACGGCGGCGGCGGUGGUGGUAGUGGUGGUGCGCAGCAGAAACAGGAGUUGCCGAAGACCACGGAGCCCGAGCAGGGCACGCCUUCGUCCAAGUCGCUUGUGGCGUACGAUUCUGAUUCGGAUUGA